AUGUUUUUCUUUACCACAUUUGGUGGCACUGAUUGCUUCAUGUUGGCUGUCAUGGCAUAUGAUCGUUAUGUGGCUAUCUGUCAUCCGCUCCAUUACACUCUGAUAAUGACUUGGAAGACGUGUGCAAGAUUGGUUGCUGGCUGUCUAGUGCUGUCCCUUGUACUAUGCCUGGAGCUUACUCUUAUGGUUUUUACCUUGCCAUUUUGUGGUUACCAGCCUCAAAUCAACCAUUUCCUCUGUGAUGUGCCUCCUGUGUUGCGACUGGCAUGUGCUGACACUCAUCUCCACCAGACUGUGCUAUACACUGUUGGAAUUAUGGUUCUGGCUAUUCCGUUCCUUCUGAUAUGCAUAUCCUACAUUUAUAUUGUUGCUGCCAUCUUGAAGAUCCGUACUACAUCUGGUCGGUAUCAGGCCUUCUCCACCUGUUCCUCCCACUUGACGGUAGUUCUCCUGCAGUAUGGCUGCUGUAGUCUUGUCUACUUACGUCCCAGGUCCAGUUCUUCAGAGGAUGAUGACCGAAAACAUGCUCUUAUAUACACUUUUGUUACUCCACUACUAAACCCCCUCAUCUAUAGCCUGAGGAACAAGGAUAUCAAACAGGCUUUGAAGAAUGUUGUGAAGAAGACAAUGAGGAAGUCGCGUGAAUCUUAG